AUGCCCUGCGUUAUCAUACUGGGCUGCCUUGCGUUACUCGGCUUCUGCGCUCUGGUCUCGGCCGGCAUCUAUCCAACAACCCCCUGGACAGGUUCAAGCUUUACCGCGGGGCGGAUUGAAACCGUACGCUGGCGUGACGACAACACCUGGCCAGCCUUGGAGGAAAUGGGGGUUGUAGAUGUCCGUCUACACAUUGGCGAGAUAAGUCUCGGCAUCUUGGCCGAACACGUCGCCCCAACCAACUUCUCGGCUGAGAUAUGGAUAUCUCCGGCGUGGGGGCACAACGGUUCGGACUACCAUCUACGUUUCGUAUGCAAGGAACCCAAAGUCACGUUCUACAGCGCCGACUUCACAAUCACGGGCAUGUCCACCGACCCCCCGUAUGAAGGCCCAACGAUCGAAGAUCACAAUGACACUGCACUCGGUGUUGUGUACAUCACCCCUCAGCCCACGCCCGUUCUCCCUCGUACCACUACCGAGCCUUCCGCGACUCCCUCAGAGGAAUCUCUUGCGCGUUGGAAGCUGCCUCUGGAUUCCCCGAAUGGAGCCGCCUCUAGUGGUCUGCGCACACGUCCCACUGCCGCCGUCGCACGUCUUCAGUUCCGCAUCCUGUAUAUCUUCUGGCCGACUGCCAUGGGCCUUUCCAUGGCGCUGUGA